AUGCUGAAUAUUUACAGGGCGUUUGUUGCUCCAACUGCCGAAGAGACGCUUAGGCAUCCAGCCUAUCCCUCGGCGAUAUGGGCUCUGGAGUCUCAUCGAAAGGGCAUGGUUGAUGCUGCAAUCGGGCGAGGCGGUCCUGUUAAGAUUGCGUGGGAGAUUCAUGGAGAGGGGCCGACGAAAGUUGUGCUUAUCAUGGGCUUAGCCGGCGUAAAGACUUCAUGGCAGCGCCAAACCAAAUACUUUGGUCACGACCGUGCAGAUGAGUACUCCGUCCUCAUCCUAGACAACCGCGGCAUGGGCGAGAGCGACAAGCCCCUGGCCCGCUACACCACCAGCGCCAUGGCCGCCGACGUUGUCGACGUGCUCGACCACGUCGGCUGGACCGCCGAGCGCGAGGUCCACCUCGUCGGCAUCUCGCUCGGCGGCAUGAUCGCCCAGGAGGUCGCCUACGCCAUCCCCACGCGCCUGCGCUCCCUGACUCUGCUCAGCACCACGGCCCAGUUUGAGAGCGGGCCGGCAAGGUCCUGGACCGACGCGAUCCGGCAGCGCGUCGGGUUCGUCGUGCCCAAGUCGGAGGAGCAAGGCAUGAUUGAUACGAGCAGGCAGCUCUUUAGCGACGAGUGGCUCGCUGCGCCGGAUGACGCUGCGGCGCUGCCCUCACCAAAGACGACGCCCCGGUGCGGGCCAGCGCCUGGCUCGCCUGACGGCGAGUAUCGCGCCUUUGAUACCAAUUUCCAGCGGUUUCAGGCGCAGGAGCUUUUCAAGAGGCGGCAGGUCGGGUGGUUUACGCGGCAGGGCUUCUUGUGCCAGCUCAUUGCGGCGGGGUGGCAUAGGAAAUCGCCGGAGCAGCUGCGCGAGCUGGCGGAUAAGGUUGGCAGGGAGCGCAUCUUCAUUAUGCACGGAACGGCUGAUAAUAUGAUUACGGUGGCGAAUGGAGAGAAGCUGAUCAAGUAUAUCGAGCCGGCUGUGGGGCUCAUUGUCGAGGGAGUUGGCCAUGCCCCUGGCAUGGAUCGGCCUGAGUGGUUCAACAGCCUUUUGGAGGAGAGGUUUAUUGCGUUUAAUAAGCUGUGA